CUCAAACGCUGGCAUGGUGAAGCGACCUACAUAUGAUUCAGACAGCGAUGAGAAGCUGUUUGACGGGCUGGAUCUGGCACCAGUGAGGAAGAAGAUGGCGCUCAACCAAGAAAUAAAAAAUGUGAAAGCUCUUCAGGAAGCAGAGCCCCCUGUGUCUGCAGAGGACUGUUUUCCUCUGACAGUCACAGACACGCAGUCUGUUUCACGCAACUACGCAGACUGCACUGAGUCCAAUGGUGAAGAGGAGGAUGAGGAAGAGGAAGAGGAGGAUAACAAAGAAAAGGAGGACAACAAUCUAUGUCAGGGUGAGGUGGAAAAGACGAUGGAGGAAGCUGAGAAAAUUGAGGUUGCAGGCUCCUCACACCCUCCGAAAUGGGAGGACUUCUUCACCACGGAGACGCUUCCUGACAGCCAGAACAGCCUCAGCAGCCAAUUACAAUCCUGCUGCUCUGUCCCCAGCCCCUCCCCUUCCAAAAUGACGGGCUCACAGACCCCAGAACUGUUCAGUGAGGAGGAGGAAACCCCAGAGGACUUCAGUCUGACGCUCUGCGCCUCGCUGUCGAACCACUCCUCCCAGAACCAGGACUCGUAUUUCCCCGACACGCUGAUCCUCCGCCCUGAGCAACAUGAAGACUACAGGAUAAAUACUCAGGAGAAGGAGAGCAAGGCGGAGCUCUCAGAGUCUCAGGCGUCGUCAGACUUCGAUAUUCCCUGCACGCCUGAGUCCAAAGCGCCUCAUCCAGAUGAACUGUCGCAGCUGUACAGGAAGCUGGCGUCAGGAGAGGAAGUGGUCAUCAGAAAGGGUAGUCAGGGCUCCAUGUGAAGGUUUUGGUGAGCCACAUUCGCUCUACUCGUCCACUUACAUGCUGCAGGAUUACUGUUUCAUAAUGCCUUUCUAUAAUACCACACAUGCCUUACAUUCCUCUGCAGCUUCAGUGGAACCUCUAAAUCUCACACACCUCAGUUUGCAAAGCAAUGCACGAACCAUUUAUUCACCGAGGCACUUUAAGUUCACUUCCGCCCUACAUUCAUUAUUGCACCUGUGACUUGUUCCUUUUUGUUGACAGAUUGUGGUUCAUUAUUUAAAACAUUCCUUCUUUAUUAUGAAGUAGAUAACCUUGUGUAUCAAAGCAGAACCUUUUUAGUUUCUUAAACCAAAUAAAGUUUUACAUUUCAACAGAAAAGCUUUCUUUCAACCAUUACAUUUAUACUACAGGGCUCGACAUUAUAAUUGGCCCGCUGGCCCGGAAGCACUAUUUCGACACCCCGGGCCAGCAUAA